AUGUCGGCACGUAUGUUCUACUGGGACUUCACCAUGUUGCUCUUCAUGGUGGGAAACCUCAUCAUCAUACCUGUGGGCAUCACCUUCUUCAAGGAUGAGACCACCGCCCCGUGGAUCGUGUUCAACGUGGUCUCGGACACGUUCUUCCUCAUGGACCUGGUGCUGAACUUCCGCACGGGCAUCGUGAUCGAGGACAACACGGAGAUCAUCCUGGACCCCGAGAAGAUCAAGAAGAAGUACCUGCGCACGUGGUUCGUGGUGGACUUCGUGUCUUCCAUCCCCGUGGACUACAUCUUCCUCAUCGUGGAGAAGGGCAUCGACUCCGAGGUCUACAAGACGGCGCGCGCGCUGCGCAUCGUGCGCUUCACCAAGAUCCUCAGCCUCCUGCGGCUGCUGCGUCUGUCGCGCCUCAUCCGCUACAUCCACCAGUGGGAGGAGGUGAGCGCCGGGCCCGCGGGCAGGUGCUGCGGGCAGCGAAAACAGGCCCAGAGGAGCGAGGUCACGCCCCCUCUGCCCCGAGAGAGCCGCUUCUGGACUGUCCUCCAGCCCGCUGCCGGCAAUAUCGCCCCCGGUUUCUGGGGCCGCGCCCCUGGGACCCCCACUCUUCUCUCCAUCGGGGAGAAAGGGGCCGGGGAGCGGCAGCCUGUGAGGGCCCUCCAGGAGCCUCCUCUCGGUGGUGGUCGUGAGGCCCCGGCUGGGCUGCGAUGGGAGGGCCUGGGGAUGGGGACAAAGACCUGA